UUUUAGGGUUUUAGCGUGGCCGAUGCAAUCUGAGACCGCGCUCGCGAAUCGAGUGAGGAAUUGCGGCGAUCUCGAGCACGCAAGGAAGAUUCACGCGGUGAUUCUCGGUAGCGACCACAGGCACAGCAGAUAUCUCUCGAAUUUGCUCGUGGAAGCCUAUGGAAAGUGCGGAAGCUUGGACGAUGCCACGGCGGUGUUCGAUGCGAUCGGCGAGCCCAAUUCUUACUCGUGGAAUCUUCUGCUCCGCGCCUACACCCACAAUCGUGAGCUCCGCAGGGCAGAAGAGAUCUUUGCGAGGAUCCCGGAAAGAGAUCGCGAUGGCGUGGCGUGGACGACGAUCAUCUCGGCGUAUGCCCGCGCUGGACAGAUCCACGACGCGCGGAGGCUGCUGGAGAGGAUGCCUCGCCUGGAGAAGAAGUUGGCGCUCACGACGAUGAUCACGGCGUAUGCCCAGCGCGGGCAUUUGCAGGAAUCGCAAGCUAUGUUCGAUCAAAUCGCCGACAAGGACACCGCGUGCUGGAAUGCCUUGCUCACUGCGUAUGCAAACAAUGGAGAAACGAAUCGUGCAAAGGCGAUCUUCGAUCAGAUGGGCGAUCGAGACAGGAUCUCCUGGACCGCGCUUCUCACAGCAUUUGCCAAGAAUGGGCAAAUUCAAGAAGCGUGGAAACUCUUUGAUGUUAUGCCCAAAGAGCUCAAGGCAUCCAGCGCCUAUAACACGAUGAUGAGCGCUUGCAUUGCGUCAGACAACAUCUCUGAAGCUCGAGCUCUCUUUGAUCAGAUGGACAUCCGGGACACCGUAUCGUGGAAUCUCCUAAUCACUGGCUACGCAAGGCUUGGAAGUGUGGAUAUGGCACGAGCAAUCUUUGAUGCCAUGCCAGAGAGAGAUGUUGUAUCAUGGAAUUCCAUUCUUACAGCAAAUGCUCAGCAAGGGCAUGCCAAGGAAUCGCAACGAAUCUUUGAUGAGAUGCCUUGCCGCGACUUGGUAUCGUGGAAUGCUCUAAUUGCUGCCUAUGCGAUGGAGGGUAGUUUAGGUCGGGCUAAGCUUUUGUUUGAUCAAGCUCCAGUUAGAGAUAGUGUGACAUGGAAAUCUCUUCUAACAGCAUACGCCCAUAAUGGGCAUAUUGAGGAUGCUGAAAUUUUGAUCCAGAAAAUGCCCUUACGGUGCUUGAGCGCGUGCACGGCCAUGAUCAUGGGGUACGGACAGAAUGCCCUGGUGAUUCCAGCACGGAAUCUCUUCAAUGACAUGCCCGGCUGGGACAUUCUGACUUGGAAUUGCCUGCUCAAUGCCUACGUCCAGAAUGGCCACCUUCUGGACGCACGAGGUUUGCUGGAAGAGAUGCCCGAGCACGACGCUGCAUCGUGGAACGUCCUUCUCGCCGCUAGCAAAGAUGCGCGUGAAGCAAAGAGGAUCUUUGAUCGAAUCCUGUAUAGAGACAUCGUUUCAUACAACGCAAUCAUCUCUGGAUACGCACAGAGCGGAAAUCUGGACAAGGCGAGCGCGCUCUUCGAUCGAAUGCCGGAGAGGGACGUGAUCUCCUGGAACACGAUGGUCACCGCGUAUACCCAAAACAAUGAUCUACCUCGAGCGAUCGAGCUGUUCCAGGAGAUGCCCGAGAAGGAUGUGAUCACCUGGAACACGAUGCUGGGCGCCUAUGCUCAAAACGGGGAUCUAGAGAAGGCGAGGAGCGUUUUUUAUGAGAUGCCACAGCAGGCACUGUCGUCCUGGAACGCGAUGCUCGCAGCCUACAUCCAAUCCGGGCACACCGACGAGGCCAAGCGAUUCUUCGCCGAGAUGCCGCAGAGGAACAUCCUGUCCUGGAACACGAUCCUGGGAGCGUGCUCGAGAGUCGAGGAAGGAAAAGCCUUCUUCGAUACGAUGCCUGCCAGGGACAUCGUCUCGUGGAACUCGAUGAUCUGGGCAUACUCCCAGGGUGGUGAUGUCGCCAGCGCCAAGACCCUCUUCGAUUCCAUGCCAAUCCGGCAAACUUCGUCGUGGAACGCAGUGAUCGGAGCUUACGCCAGCGCCAACGAUCUCAUCCACGCGAGAGAGCUCUUCGAUGAGAUGCCGCAGCGAGAUCUAGUGUCGUGGAACACCAUAAUCUCUGCGUAUGCUCGCGAAGGAAUCAGCGAUGCCGUGACCCUCUUCGAUCAAAUGCCCGAGAGAGACGCUGGAUCGUGGAUUGCUGUGGUGGCCGGCUGCAUUGGAGCUGGAUUAACCCAGAGAGCCAAGGAGUUCUUCCAGAUCUGUCCAGACAAGGAAGCCAUUGCGUCGCUCAUGAUCGCGAUGCUUGCCGAGAAGGGCGAUCUAGAAGCCGCAAGGAGCGCGUUUGAUGGCCUCCACAAUCCCCAGCUCGUGGAGUGCAACGCGAUCAUCACGGCCUACGCGCAGCAAGGAUAUCCGAGAGAAGCGCGCGAGCUCUUCAACGCAAUGACGUGGCGGGAUACCGUGACGUGGAAUGCCAUGGUGGCAGCAUAUUCCCAGAACGGAGACCUAGAUGCGGCUCUCUUCCUCGCGGCGACCAUGCCGGAGCAAACUCUGGUGUCGAUCAACGCGAUAAUCACCGCGCUCGCCUCCACUGGCCACUGGAUCGAGGCGUUCUAUCGAUUCCGGCGGAUGCUGAUCCAGGGCUUCGAUCCCGACGGCAUUACAUUCGUCACGAUCCUCGCGGCGAGCGGCGGCUGCGCGGUCGAUUGCUCCAAGAGCUUCGUCGCCAUGGCAGUGGAUUUCGGCGUGGAGCCCGGGAUCAAGCACUACAGCUGCCUGAUCGACGCGCUGUGUAGAUCCGGUCAGGAAGAAGCCGCGCAGCAGGUGCUGCGAUUGAUGCCAAUCGUGCCGGAUGCUGUGACUUGGACGAGCUUGCUGACAGCGUGUGGAAUACAUGGCUCGCCCGGAAGAUCCCUAAUCGCGAAGAACGCCACACGCGGCAAGGGGGCCUCCCCUUAUGUGUUACUUUCAAAUAUUCUAGCUAGUAGUUUUUAGGCAUUUUUUGUAAUAAACAAUGGCAUCCCAUUCAAUUAGCUAGAUUUUGUUUAUACUAGCCAUUAAGUUAUUAUGUCUUUGCUUGACGCAAA